AAAUUAUCCUGGGUUUGUCGAUAUGGACGGACCAAAAAUUACAGGGUAAAACCGUCAAUUCAACGUUACAAAAUAGACACGCACAGCAGCACGUACAUCCACGGCGUCGGAGGCCUUAUCCUCUUCAGUUCUUCUGCCCCAUUGUUUUUCUUCCUAGCGUUAUACUAAAAUGGCAACCUUACACUUACACAGCGUCCUACCCAAUCCGACGUCCUUCAAAUCCACCAAGGCCACAACUUCAACUCGGCGCAGGCUCCUAGCGAAUUCGGUCAGGUGCGCCGAGGCAACUCAGGUCACCGGCGAGACCCAGCGAGUCACAGUGAGAAACGGGAACGAUUCCCUGGACAUAUGCCGAGUCCUGAACGGAAUGUGGCAGACGAGCGGUGGUUGGGGAAGAAUCGACCGAGACGACGCCGUCGAGGCCAUGCUUCGCUACGCUGAUGCUGGCCUCUCCACCUUCGACAUGGCCGACCACUAUGGACCGGCUGAAGAUCUAUAUGGCAUCUUUAUCAAUCGAGUUCGUCAGGAGCGUCCACCAGAAUUCUUGGAGAAGGUCAGAGGUCUUACAAAAUGGGUGCCACCACCUGUUAAGAUGACAAGUAGUUACGUAAGGGACAGUAUAAAUGUUUCACGGAAGAGAAUGGAUGUGGCUUCCUUGGACAUGCUUCAGUUUCAUUGGUGGGAUUAUGCAAAUACCGGUUACCUUGACGCACUAAAACACCUCACAGAUUUGAAAGAAGAAGGUAAAAUUAAGACCGUUGCCUUGACAAACUUCGACACAGAGAGACUACAGAUAAUCCUGGAAAAUGAGAUUCCUGUUGUCAGCAAUCAGGUCCAACAUUCAAUUGUUGAUAUGCGUCCUCAACAGAAAAUGGCAGAGCUUUGUCACCUUACAGGAGUCAAACUCAUAACGUAUGGGACAGUAAUGGGUGGUCUAUUAUCUGAAAAGUUCCUUGAUACCAACUUAAACAUUCCCUUUGCUGGGCCUCCACUAAAUACUCCCUCACUCCAGAAGUACAAACGGAUGGUCGAUGCCUGGGGAGGAUGGAGUCUCUUUCAAGCUCUGCUUCAGACACUCAAAGGAAUUGCUUCAAAACAUGGAGCCACAAUCCCCAAUGUUGCCGUGAAAUACAUAUUAGAUCAGCAAGCUGUGGCAGGAUCGAUGAUAGGUGUUAGACUUGGGUUGUCAGAACACAUCCAAGACUCCAAUGCUGUGUUUUCACUUGCUCUUGAUGAGGAUGAUAUAAGCAGUAUACAAGAAGUCACAAAGAAAGGGAAGAAUCUUCUUAAAGUGAUUGGUGACUGCGGAGAUGAAUACAGGCGUGCAUGAAAUUUUCACUCCAAUGAUCUUGUCGUACUUUUCUAUACAGCACCGGGACCAAAACAAACUUUUUUUCUUUCGUUAGAGUAUUGGUGCAUUUAUAUACAAUUGUCAUUGAACAUGAAUAUGUAACUAUGUAAAACAAAAGGUUUGUGAACUAUUUUGGGUAUCCAAGGCAUCUAGUUCCAGAAA